ACAGGAGGAACUGCAAAGCUUUGUAUCAGUUGCUGCUGUUUCUGCUACUGAUUGCAAGGUGCUGCUGCUUUUGGCAUUUUCACAGCUACAGAAUCCUCAGCCGUGCUCUGGUCUGCUUACAGCCAUCUGCACCCUAUGGACCCACCUUCACUAGCUCCAGCCUCUGGGAUUUCCUGCCACCUAUCUGCCUUGGACACCACUCUUCUCUGGGUCGUUACUGCUAGCUGCAUUUUCUGGACUUGCAGCUCACAUGACUGAAAUCUGCCUUGAGUUCCCCGCCCGCACAUCCUCUCUCGUGUUCAGCGGGGGGCUGCCGCAGCAGAAUCUGACCUGGAUGAGGAUGGGAUUUACAGGGAGAAGUCAGAACUGAGCUGCACUCAGCGCAAUGCCCAACGCCUCUUCCUGGAGUGCGAGCUCGCCCCUGCUGCUGCUCUGGGAGGACUCCUCAGGGACCCGCAUCUUCCUCUCGCUGCUCUAUGCGGUCCUGGCUAUCUCAGGGACUUUGUCCAACGUGGUGGUCAUCUAUUUGGUUUUCUCCUUCAAGAAGCUGCAGACCACCAGCAACGCCUUCAUUGUCAAUGGCUGCGCGGCCGACCUGAGCGUGUGUGCCCUGUGGAUGCCCCAGGAGGCAGUGCUGGGGCUGCUGCCCCCGAACUCCUCCUCGCUCCGCUCGGCCGAGUACCGCCUGCUGCGCGAGGGGCUGCUGGGCCUCGGCCUCACCGUGUCCAUGGCCUCACACCUGCUGGUGGCCUUCAACAGGUACGUGCUCAUCACCAAGCUGCCCAGCGUCUACCAGGCCCUGUACCAGCGGAGGCACACGGGCUGCAUGAUCGGGCUCUCCUGGGCGCUGGCGCUGCUCCUGCUCCCGCUGCUGCCGGGGCUCUGGACAACGGGCCCUGCCCCACAGCCGCCCCCGCGGCAGACGGACGGCGGCUCCCGCUACCCCGCGCUGUUCCUCGCGCUGGCCGUGCUGGGCCAGACGGCGCUGCUGCUCCAUUGCUACCUGGGCAUCGUGCGGCGGGUGCGGGGCAGCGCCAAGCGGGUCAGCGUCCUCAACUUCCACCUGCUGCACCAGCUGCCCUUCCCCGCCGCGCCGCCGCCGCCGCGCCGCGCUCAGCGUCGCCUCAGCAGCGUCUCCGUCCUACUGCUCUGCUGCGUCUUCCUACUGGGCACGCAGCCCCUGGUCUGGGUCAGCCUCCUCGGCUUCUUCCUGCGGCCCGCGCCGCCGGCGCUCCAGGCCGCCAGCUGGCUGCUGCUCUGCUCGCUCUCAGCCCUGAACCCGCUGCUCUACACCUGGCGCAGCGAGGAAUUCCGCCGGGCGGCGCGCUCCGUUCUGCCCCGCGCCGAAGGAUCCUCCGCCGCCCCGCGACACGCCGCCGCCGCCGGUCACGGCGCCGCCGCCCCGCCCUGCCCGCAGCUGCCGCGGCGCCGGAGCACGGCGGGCAGCGCCGCGCCGCGCUGAGUGGUCCGCGGGGCCCGGCCGAGGGCUCCUCGCCCCGCCGCCAGGGGGCGCCCGCGGGCACGUGCUGCGCUGGGCAGGAGCUUGCGGCCGCCGCGUGCCCUCAAGGCGUUUCCCGCCGCUCGGUGUCGUGCUUGCAGAUCUUCUUAGGCUCCGUGCCCCGCUGCCGCAGUCAGGAGCCUCUCCCGGCAGCUCCUCGCCUUUGCGAGUCUCUCGUCGCUCCUCCCUGGUUUUGCGUGCCUCUUCCCUAUCCCUCUGCUGCUCCGACGUCGGGUGGCCGGGGCUUCGACGGCUUCCCUGAGGGAAGGGCUGCAGGCUGAGGCCGCCUGUCCCCCCCCCGUGCCCCUGCGUCAGCGCGGCCCGCAGGACGCCAGCUGGACUGCAUCCAGCAGCAGCGUGGUCAGAAAUCUGCGAUGACGGGUAACUAUAGCAGUGUGAGGUACUGCAUUUAAGCUUUAACGGUUCCAGUGUGAGGUAGACACCUAGGCUCUGAGACGUGCUGCAAGGCUUUGGUUUGGUAGUUUUUUUUUUUGUUUGUUUGUUUUGUUUUUUUUUUAAUUAUAAAAUCUGUGCACUUCUGUCAACAUUUGAAACAGUUGUUGGAGAGAGCGCUGAGCACAGGGCUCUGUGAGAACUUCUGGGUGUCCCAUCCCAUUCUCCACAUCCCUGAGUCCCCUAGGAACCAUUUCCUGUACCCUAAGCCAUCUCUGUGCUCCACGCAGGACCCUCCUUGUCCCAUCUAAACUUUCAGGUGAUGCUAUCUGUGGAAAAUGUUAAAAACAGACACCUUUUUAGUCAUCUGUGUUUUUUGUUGUUGUUUGUUUGUUUGUUUUUGAGGUUUUUUUUAAAGUUCCUUACGUGAGGCCUAUUUUGAUAAAGACCUCUGUCUGUGGUAAUGAGCUUGGCAAAACGUAUGGCAGUGUGAAGGUGAGUGCUGCUCCCUGACCUUGUUAUCUGUUUGCUACCAGCUUGUGUUUCUAUUAUAUGCAUUGCUGUUGCAGUGGGAUUUCGCAGCUUCUGCUAAAUAUAAACGGGCAGGGCAUCCCACCAGGGUGGUGAGGGGCACGGGGCUGUGCUGAAUGCUGUCCUCCGCCUUCCUGUCUCUGUGCUGAUGUUCUUGUGGUGUAGAUCUUUGCCUUUUGCAUGAAAGGCUUGAAGAGGGCAGUUCUGUUCUGAAUUCAUGGGCUCUGCUCUUUAAAUCAGUCACAGUGCUGUCUGGGGAAGGUGAAUGGAUGUGAGAACACAGCAAAGUUCUGUGCAAAAAGUUUGUUACAUUGGGUGGCAAGUAUUAUUAUGAGUUUGGCAGCUCUUUUGAGAAUGUUUGAAUGCUAAGACUAUAAAGAAGAAACAAAUGCUGUGGGUAUAGCAUAGAAGUCAGUAUGGCCACGUUCUACAGUGCUCCACACUAAAGUUAUCUUACUUGACGUGGCUUAAUUUUCAACAGAAGUUGCUUUUGAAGGAAGGAAAAGAUUUCAUUUUUUUCUCCAACCCUUAGGUGUGUUAGUAUUCUGUGAUAUGUUGAUGUAGUUUUAAUUUUUCAAAAAAAUUUUAAAUCCCCAUGCCAAUGUUUUAUUUUUCUAAAGUAAAAAAUGUUGCCAUUAUCACAGAAAAGAUUCUUGAGGUUGGGGUUUGACUAAGACAGGAUGUAAAGUCUUAAGGAAAAUUUAGGAAACAUUCCUUGUCUUCCUGAAAAUGUAUCCACGUCUUGAAAGCAGCUUUAGCCACUUACAAGCACUUGUAGAAAAGUAACUGAAGUUUCCUAGAAUCUGAGGCUUCGAGAGUUUCUUUCCCCAACUUGGAGGCAGCAUGCCACCUGUGUGACAGCAUCGUAAAGAUCACAAGGGCUGGCAAGGAAACAUGACCAUAAAAGAUGUACAAGAGAUGCACUCUUAUUACCAGAGUGCAUCUGUCUUGGAGAGUACUAUAUCCUUGUUGUAAUCUCACAUCCUAAUCACAGGGACUGUGCUUUUGCUAGCUUUGUGCAGCAAAUGGAUAAGGAGAAUUUGCCAACCACACCUAUACCAAUUCUGGAAAUUAUUUGGUAUCACUGCCAAAAUAAAGCUAAGCCAAGUGCUGCCUGGAGCUAAGACCUGGUUCUGCUACAAGGAGUUCUUAGGCUGGAACCUAUGACAGGAGAAGAAUCACCACUUCCCAGCACAGCUGAAGGAACUGAAGACAGUUGGCAAAGCUCAGUACUGGGACUAUCAGCAAAGAACAAACAUUAAAAUAAUGAAUUAGCCAACACCCUCUCUGUUUUUGACUAUGUGGUCUGGGAUAAAGCAAUAACCUGUUUUGGAAUUCAGUGGCCAAAUGUUACAACAAAGUUCUGGGUUUCUUCCUGUAUCAAAUAGCAUGCAAGUUUAAUCUGAAAUGCCUGUGUUUUAUAUGGACAGUGUUUUAAAUGCAAGUAUGUAUUAAAAAAUGCUAUCAUGUACAAAACUUCGUUCAGCUAUCCUUUUGCUAUGCAUUACUUCCAGAGAACAGCUGGAAAUCCCUUAGGAAGUUUGAUGUAAUUACAUCUGACUGUGAAUCUUUGACUGUUUUAUUAUACUCAGGUGACCUAAAUAGUAUUACACAGAAAAGAGUUUUAAUUUAAAGUAAUCAAAAGAGUAAUUAUCUCAAAUUAAGAUCUCAGUUUCUCUGAGGAAAUUACUACUCAGAAAAGUCCUGUAUGCCUUCUACAUGUGUACAUACAGCCAUAUUCUUUGAAUUUCAGCACUAUAAAUGUGGUAAUAAUGGAAGCUCGGCUUAUCUCAACUUCUCUUGGCUCUGUGUUACUGCUCCUUGAAUGAGACAAUUGAUCUGACUCUCUGUUUUUGGUAUUUCUGCUUUACUUUUUUUUUUUUUUUUUUUUUUUUCAGCUAAUUCAAGGGUGUCCAUUGCUAGUUUAAUGGUAACUUUUCUUCAGUGUGAAUUUUUCUCAUAUUCAUACAGCUAAUGUACAGGUGCCAGGCGUACAUUGCCAACUGUUCUUUAAAUUUGCAGGUACAAGGCAUAUUCGUACUUCUAAAAAUUUUCCUUAAAAAUUGUUCAGCCAACCGAUCUUUCAAAAAAUGUAAGGGAAGAUGGUGGGAAAUCCUAUUGGCAAGUCAAGUGAAGGUCUUCUUUCCUCUGACAUUAUGCCAAGCAAGGUGAAUGUGGCCUAUGACUGCUCAGCUUCACAAAUAUCAGGCAAGUGAAUGCAAUUUUGUCCAAACAUCGAAUUUAUGGUACAGUAGUGCAGAUCUGUUGCAUUCUUUGUGUGCAGUUGGUGCCUAUUCCUUUGCUAUUUUCUCAGGGCUUCUGGAAACAAGAGCAGCUAAUAGUCAGUAACACCUGGAUGGGUUGCGACCAGUUGCAUUGGUCUGAUUUGAAGCAGUCAUUUAGUUUUGUGGCCUUUGUAAAUUUGCCCGUAAUAUAGUCAUGUGUUUUGUGAUUUGCCUUUUCAGGAACACAGUCUCUCUCUGGAAUCAGCUCUUUGGGGGUAAAAUUGUGAUGCCUUCGGAACAAUACCCUAAGACAGAAAUACAGCCAUUUGUGAAAAAUCUUGCAGAGGCUGCUUGUGAAGGUUCCUUCGGUAAGGGAAAAGUUCUCAGUCCUGCUGGGCUCCUUGAGCAAUGUAAGCUUAGAGAGACAAUUAAGCUACACCUAAAGAACUGAGGGACCAGUCCCACAGGCUUUAGUUUCUACCUAAGUCUAAGCAGUUGAAGAUUUUUUUCAUUCUGUUCCAUAGUGGACAAACACUGUUUAUUCUACAGGUAUUCAUGUUUGAUUAAAGCUGUAAAAAAUUGAGUUUACAUAGAAAAAAAGUUAGAAAUAGUUUGAAGGCUGGAGAAAAACACUUUGUAGUUGGUGUUCGUUAUGGCUGACUUUUCUAAAGAGACCUUGUUUCAGAAUACACGCUUCUGUGCAAGUAUUCAAACCAAUCUAUUACCACACAAGGUAAUCUAAUGGGCUCUUUAGGCCCGGAAAACAUGAAAUUAAAGGUAAGUGACUCUGUUUUGUGAGUGUAGACCACCUUGUCUGAUUACUUGCUAUGAGACCAGUAUGGGAAGGCUUCCAGUGCAGUCUUUGCCCGGUGCCUGCUCCAGCCAGAUGUUCAGGUUAUUCCUGAAACUGAAGAACUGGAAACAGAAUUCUGCUGAAACAAACCUACUUGUGGCUGCUUUCUGGCCCAAAGCUUUGGGUUUUUGAAGUAACACAGCAGUCGCUCUUGGAGGGUUCACUGGUAUUUAGAACAUGUAGGACAUCCAACCUGUAACUUCAUGCCAAGCUUACUAUAUGUACUAUAUGUAUGUGUCUCUUGGUUCAGAGACCAAGAUAAAAGGAACAAAGACUAGAUGCUAUUAUUCAGAAGCUCAACAUAAGACUAAAGAUGCCUUGUGUUUGGGAGCAGUCUUAACCAAGUGAUGCAGCUGCUGGAGAGGAGUGCUGUCAGAGCCACUCUAUAGGAGGCUGUCCCAUUUGCCAUUUUGGGUGUCAGUUUUCUGAACUGGCACCCUAGUACUGUUUGCUUGUGAUGCUGUGGUUAGAAAAAGUAUUAGUAGUUGUGAAUAAUUACAGUGCAAAAUGGGCUUUGCAGUAAAGUGAGGGUGGAAUUCGAUGUUUGCAACAGGACCUGACCUCUCUGUUCCAUUCCCUUUCUUCCUGAGGGCUGAGAGAGAGCUGAGAGAGAAAAAUGGAGGUUAGUCCUGGGGGGAGGUAUGGGCAGGACAACCAUUAUCCUUGGGAUACCUUACUUUUUAUUUAUAGCUUCAUGAAACUGACAUCUCAGAUGGAAAAUUCUUAAUAGCUGCCUUCAGGCUGUCUGGAGUCUUCACUUGUCCUGUGACAUUCUCAGCAGAGAAUUAAAAAUGCAUAUAUGCAUCAGGGAGGAGCUUUAGCCAUUCUGACUGUUCUGAAGCUAAUGAUAUGAUGGAGGCACAAUGCCAGCCUGAAAUACCAAUGCUCAACAAAAUGAGCAUUAGCAACAGAAGAAAACUAUUUUUAGAUAAAAGAGUUUUUAGAGGGAAAUCUGGUGAAGCUGGCAGUCGUCAGUUUUGAACAGCGUUACACAGACUUCCUUCCUGUUUUCUCUACUGAGGCGUCACAGUGAGAUGUCCUCUUUCUUGUCUUUUGCCGUCAGUCUGCCUCACCUCAGGCACCGCCGUGCUGGAGCAGCCACCUUCUUCUCACCCUCAAGCUUCUGACACUGACUUUUUGAUCAGUUCAUACGUGCUGUUUUCCUGAUUCUUUAUAAACUUAAAACUUUUCAUUCUGAAACCUAGUGAAGUGGCUAUAACAGUCUUGUAGCUGUGGAGACAGGUGCAGCAAGGUUUAAGUGGGGGUAAUAUUCAGAAGUAUUGUGAAGAUAUUUCAUGUUUACCUUUGAGCAUUACUUCUUUGUCUUCUGUUGCAUGUCAUCCGUUCCAUUUCAUCUAUAUAUGCUGGAAUAGCUCUACCACGAGAGUCGUCUUUUCCAUAAAUGUUUCUCAUUCAAUUAACCCUUCUUUAUAAAGGUAGUGAUAAAAUCUUGCAGGAUUUGAAAUGUGCAGCCAUGUUAGCUCCUCUAGUGAGCACAGUUAUGCCUCUUUCAUUUGAACAAACAUCUUUCUUUUCUUUAGGUCAGUUUUUCUAGUUUGUGGCAUUAUUAAGGCUGAUGAAAUCAGGGAGUUUGUAGACUGCAACCUGGGGAAACAAAAAGCACAGUUUCACUGCUGCUCUUGUUUGCCCUCAAGGCAAAGGCACUUUUCAUAGCUCUUAUUGUGAUAAUCAGCUUUUUUGUACGGUAUUAAAUUAAGAUAGUAGAACUACCUAUAAUGUUAAUGAAAAGAGAUAAACAGCAACACAAAAAUUAUUCAUGAGUACGAUGAGUAAAUAUAAGCUCUCUGGAUUCUGCAGUAGACAUCUCUUGGCUCUUUGCUGUUAUUGUAACUGUUAAGUACAUACUAAUGGGGUUAGGCAAUUCACACUCAGUAUAAGAAAUGAUGGAUCUGAGCUGAAUUAAAGGCAUGAAUUAAUUUUCUUCUAUCUCAUGCAUCAUUAAAUGUCUAAUGAUUAUCUAUAUUAUACUUGAUAGCAACCGUGGUCAUUACGGUAAUGUUAAGAUUAUAAUUACAGUCCCUUCUGUGACGUAGUCAUACUAUGCUUAAAAAUGCUUGGCCUUGGCCCAAAUACAAAUGCAUUUUGAGGUUUUUCAGGGAGAAAUAAUCUAUUUCCAAAUUGCUAACAUUCAAGGUAAAUUACAUACAGAUAUGUCUGUAUUAAAAAAAAAAAAAUAGCCAUUUGAACUACAUUUUUGCUUCAUUUGAGAUAAACAAAACUUGAAAAACUUAUUGCCCCUUGCUAAAUAGCUCCUUGUCUGCAUUUUGGAAUUUAAGAAUAUAAAAGACUGCAGUUGUUACUCUGAGAUCAACGAAAUCACUUAAAAACUUGUUUGGCAGCAUGUGUCAGAUAAGCCCAUACCUUCUGUGAUCUGAUCUGAUGCGGAAUGCCCCAAACAUUCGGCCUGGUCAUCUAAGGCGUCUCUUGUGGCAGGGGCUGGCAAACCCUGGCACCCUGAACUGACUGGGAAAGCAGAGGCUGGGGUCUGAGCCCUGCACUAUGGGAAUGUGGGCAGCAGGGGUGGGCAGCGGAAGCCUUGCUGGGGUGUAAGAGGCCGGCUGUCACAGAGCAAGCUGGUCGCCACAGAAAGAACUCGGGGAAUAAAUUUGAUGUCAUUGUCUGAUAUCUUCUUCAGAUUUUCUUGCUGUCAUCAAUCUAUUUUAUUUUAGAUUUGUGAGACAACUGUUAAUUCUAAAGAAAAAAUAUCUUCUUUCAUAUUUAUACAAAUAUAUAAAAGAAUUAUUGUCCCAAGUAUGAAAUGGUUUCAAAGAAGUGUGUGGAGGAGUCUUUGUGAAUGCCACUCUGAGUGCAAAAGCAAAAUGAAGAAGUCUAUAAAAAAAGCAGCAGUUCAAAAUAAAAAUCCACUGUAUGUGAAACUAAGGGUCUUGUAAGCAGUUCUAACAUCAAACACUAUAAAUAUUAUGCUAACCUACUGAGUAAAAUAGCUGAUUAUGUGUUUAUCCUAUUUGUAACUUGAAAAUAAUUAUGAUCACCACAAUCAAGAUAGAAUGGCAUGUACAGUUUUUAGUAUUUUAAUAAGAUAUCCAUAGAAAUACUGCAGUAUUUUUUUUGCUUCCUGUUCUCAUCCCUUGUAUAGUACUAUAUUGAAAUCCUACUUUCCAUUUAUUUUAAAACAAAGAAUGUUGAUAUGUUGUUUCAGUGCACUUUUGGCAAUAUUUUUACAUCAGUGUUCGAUUUCAAGCAUGAAUGUAUACAGCUGUUUAUAUGCCAGCCAUUCCUAGGGUGACAUAGAUCCCUAUUGUGCAAGUACUUUUUUCACAAACUAUUGCCAAGAGUUUCAUUUAUAACUUUUGGUGGUACGAGAUUGUCUGUAGGUGUUCAGGAAGGGUGUCUGGUGCUGGUGGAUGCUGUCAGCAGUGAGGACUGCUUGCUAUGUAUUUUGGGAACCAGACAGCUGUUUGCCUGCGGCCCAGUAUGUUCCCAUGGCCAGCCAGAACAAAAGAGAGAAGCUACCUGUUUGUUCUCCCACAUACAAGCCAGUUGCAAAAUGCCACAGCUGCUGCAUCCCUUUAAAAUGUGCUAAUUUAUGCCUUUUUUACAUGCUGAGUAGCACACUUAUUCUGAUAUCUUCAGAGGCACUUAUACUAUAUGAAAGAGUACAUAGGGCAGUGGAAUUUCAAUUAAUUUGCUCAUUAUAUAGGGCCUUAGGCCUAGGUUGUUACUAAUUGUUUAAUAAGCUCGGUUGAUUUCAUGGGAAUUUUUAAGUGCCCAUUCUCUGAAGUGAGAACUGGAAGACUUGGCUAUGUCACUGCUUGCCAUUGGUGGACGUCAGAGCAAUUCAUGCGAUGAUGCUAGUGUUGACGAGUAGAGCUGUGCUUAUGAGCAGGAAAUAUCCGCCCUAGCAGCAAAGAACUCAUCAGUGAAUUAGGAAGAAAGAUCAAGAACUCUAGGAUGGCUCUCAUGUAUUCCCAGCUCAUCGGAAGCUCUCAAGGGCACAAGCCAGACCCAGAGGAGCCUUAUUUUCCAUUCUACUUUCUUAUGAGCUUGUGCCUUUGCUCAGGGGACUGGGAUUAUUGCUGUGUGCUUGCAUAUGGUUAUAGAAUCAUUGUUAGGUCCUGCACAUCUUGCAAAGACAAAAGAAACCCAGACAGCACUGAGUGGGUCUCAGAUUCCUGGUGAAUACAGAGAAAUCCAUUACCCCAAAAGGGUUCCUAUUUCACACAGCUUGUAACAAGGAGUUAUGGUAGAUUAUUUCAUGCCUGCUUUUCAAUUCUUGUUAAAGAGCCUUUGUUCCUAGUGGAAGAGGUACAAAUUCCUCCCCCUCCCCAUCUGAGCAGAAAGAGUUUAUUUUUUCCUUUCUUGGCACACCAGGGGAUCUCCAAAUCUUUUCAAAUAUUGCUCCUUUGAGAACUGAGAUUCUUCCUUAAGAGACAACUGCUUUCAGUGAUGUGAAAGGAUUUAGUUAUGUUGUCCUUGAUGUUCUGUGAAAUUUGUAUUAGUAUUGGUAUGGGGCCAGAACCAUGGGCCAACUGUUGGUAUGGGGCCAAGGCAUGGGUAGUUUUCCUAAGCAUUGGUGUGGAUUUUGAUUUUCAACUUUGGAGGAAAGGAGUAAGAUCUAUUUCAAAGCAAAACAUACUUUGUCUCCCAUUUAAGAAUGGAUUAUCAGAGGAGUUUCUUGAGAAACUCAAUGAGUAACUUUUCCCCCUUCUUCAGCCGUAUUCCUACAUAAAUAAUCAAGGCUAUCUUGAAAGUCAUAGUAACAAUGGCUCCCUGGGACGUCCAAUGAUUGUGCUCAGCACAGAUACUGAGGUCAGGAAAAGAGAAGCUAGAUGGCGCUACGGUCCGGAGAUCGUGUGCUGCUGUGGGGAGAGCAAGAUGAACCGGUGCAGAUUUUCUCAUCUAAAAACCAGAUGUCAUCAAAUACAGGGUCAGAAUUCCUGACAUGGAAGAACAGGAUUUCCACUGAGGCAAUUAUUUAGCUUUUGGUUUUUAACAUAGGCAACUAGUCGAAUUGUUUAGGAAACAGACUUAAAUUUAAGUAUGUGGGCGUGAAAGGGAAGGCUGCAGAUGUAAAAUGGCUUUAAGAUUACCUACACAGGUAAAACUGUGAGAAAUACAUUGUGCACCAUUCUCAUGACAUUACUGAUGCGUAUUUAUUUUGAGCAAAUACUUCUGCUCAAAGAUGCUACUUAGUACGAAAGUAGAUAAACUAUGCACUGCAUCUGUGCAGAUAAAGGAAAGAGACAGCUGAUGUGGUCUGGGAAAUUGGAGGGGAAAAAAUUAAGUCCUGAUCCACUUAUAAAACUUUUCUUUGAAUUUUUAAGAGUGGAGAUCGAGAGACCUCCAUUGAUAAAUAUACAUGUUGUAGAAGUAAAUAUCUGGCGUAGUUACUGCAAGGCAAUCAUUAAUUUAUCUUUAGAUACAUAUCUUCACUUUCAUGUGUUGGUUUUCUUAAUCUCUGUUUUUAGAACAAUUUUUAAAAUUAAGCUGUAGUUGUUUUUAGUUAGCAAAUGCACAUCAUUCCUCCAUUUGUAUUUUUAUUAGUCAGACAAGAAUAUAUUAAUAAUUUUUUAAUAAAAAUUGUAAGUCCAAGCAGAGCUUUUACUUUACCUCUGAUUAGUAUUUAAGAGUAUGGUUGGACAGUAAGAAUGCCAAAGUUAUUACAAAAAGCAAAACACUUAAACAAAAAGAUCCCUAAGCUCCGGAAAUCUGAGGAGGUCUUAUUUCAUCUUGAGUUUAGAGAGAGUCUCAACAGUUGAAAAUAAAUAGCAUCCAGGCAGCCAGAUAACUUUGAGUUUGUAGUGAAGCCAGCCUCUAGGCUUUGUCAACAGUAUUAUUUUGAUCUUCAGUGCAGGAGCCAGCGCUGAGACAUUGCUGUGUUUGAACUGAGUUCUUCCGCUACAGAAAAAGGUUGUGGGUUUUGUUGUUGUUCUUGUUGUUUUGUUUUUGUUAGGGUUUUUUUUUUUUUUAAGGAGUUCAGUAGUUAAUGUUUUAGAGGUAAGGUACUGUCAGACAAACAUGCUCCCAUAACAAAGUAUGCAAUAAAUUACUGAUGAAGUAUUUUAUCAUGGCAGAAGGCAGCCAUGGGAUAUUUUACUGUUCCUUCUGUGCUAGUAAAGGGUAUGAAAAGCUACAUAACAGAUUUGGAAGCGCCAGAAAUGCUUUGAAGUUAGUCAGUGGUAGGGAGGCCCUUGAGGAACUUCAAGGGAACCCAUAAAAAGGACUAGCAAGAUUAAAUGAAAGGCUUAUAGAAUGACAGCAUUUUAGACCUUACACAAUUGCAAGAUUUUGUACAAAUAAUACCAAGGAUUAACAACUUGAAGAGCAAUGGUGCUGAGGAAUAAGACUGAAGAGAAUAAAAUGAGGUUGGAAGGAAAAAAAGAACAAAUCACCCUCUUUUGAGUGAAACUGAGGUGAUGGAUGUAACUGAGAUGAAUGCUGGGAGGACACAGGAAGGUGUUUCAAGGUAUGACACGGGAGAUGCUUCAAGGGGGGCUUAACAGGAGACAAUCAUCUGUAAACAGAAGGUGUAGUGUAAGAAACAGGUUAGUUUGUAGAAAGUCUGCGGAGAAGAAGAUCCAUGAUAAUUGGCUGUGAGUUUGAAAGUUUGAAGAACCAGGCUGUUAGAGCAACUGUGUUCUUGAAUAGCUUUCCCUUGGGCUAGCUGAGAGCAAAAAUCAAUUGCUUUGAGUGUGGCACUUUGCGUUAAAAAAAAAAAAAAAAAAAAAAAGUGAAACAAAUUCCAGAAGAACCAUUUGUGAGAUCUUCCUCCCAUUUCAAAAUCCAGUGACUUUAUCAGCGCCUACUCUAUUGUGUAUUUGAUGAUUCAGUUCGUUUUAACACCUGUGCUUAGUAUUAGUGUACUAAGAGGUCAUAUUUGAAAUUUUAGGAGGAAAACUGAUGCCUUCUGAAAUGGCUGACUGGAGGGAUUUAGGAAGAAAAUUCAAAAUUGAUUAUAACAGAUUACAAAAUCUUUUCCUUCUGCCAACAAUAUGUGAAAAACACCAGUUCCUCUGAGUGCCUUUUUGAAACCUCACAGACUUCUUGUUUUGCCCAAUGUUUGCAUUGAAUUGAACUGCCAUCAAUUGCACAGGCAGAUGAGCAUCCUCCAGUGAGUGGUAUCAUUCCUCCAAUGUUCAUUAACACAUGGCAGAUCGUGAGUCUUGUCCUUAAUUAAAUACUGCUACUUUGUAAAAGACCAUUAUUGAUUCUUUGAUUUCUUUUUAAUCCUAUGGGAAUCACACAUGAAGACUCUACUGUACUGUGCAGUGCCUUUUGAGAACUGACUUCAGGUUUCAGCCUUCAGAAGCGCUAAGGAAUGCAGUACUGCUAGUACAUAUAUAGCUGUAAGUUUUAUGCUGUGCUGACUCAGCAACAAGAAGGGCGGUCUGCAGGGUACAGUCUGACCUAACAGUGCUUCUGUUCUUUUCCUUUUCUGUCAUCCAAGUGCUUUCCUCCAAGAACUCAAGGAAACUCAGAGUUUCUUUCUUUUUUUUUUUUUUUUUCCUGGUGUAUCAAAUUGUUUUAAAGCAGUGCUGACAUUGGCUGAACCUUCUGCAGAUUCAGUCUCUAACGGAUCAACUGAAUGGAAGCCCAGAAGUUCUCUAAUGCCUACUGUAAGUCAAGGGUCAUGUUGUAUAUGGAGCAAAAUGCACGUAUGGUGGCAGGAAGCAGAUUUUUCCCUAUGUUUUAAAUAAACAAUAGAGGUCCAAUGUCUAGUUAUUGGUGGUAGUAAAGUCCCGUUGUUCUGAUUUCUGUUUCCUGUAAUGCUGUGUAUGGUACAUCUCCUUCAUGUUUGUUGGUAUUAUUUAUAUUUAAUAAAAGUGUCAUGCAGCAAAUUCUUAAAAAUAACUGUCAACUUUGUAUUUGUUUUCGAGAAAGUGCUGAUGCUAAACGAAGUACUAAUUUUGGAUGCUACCCUAAAAUGUACACUCAACAAGAAAUCCUGCAUGUUUUUUUUUUCUAAUUUAGAGUUAUAGGUGAACAGAAUAAAGCAAGAGCUGAUAAAUUCAAUGCAUGUUAAAUCUGUGAGAAUGCUAAAAAAAGUUCUAAAAAUUGCUAUGCUUUUAAAUUGUUUACUUUGCAUUGAAAGCUUCUCAUUUUAGUUCACUAUCCUUGCACAAAUUUAUCUACAAGAUGGCUUGUCAAAGCAGCAUACUGUAAGGGGAAACAGCAACAUAUUUAUAAUAUACAAAAAGUAGUAGGAAGGUUAAAUUUUGAAUGCUGCCUAUUUGGAGGAAAUCCAAACAGGGCCUGUGGAAAAAGUAUGGCUUUGUGAGUCUUUUUGCAUAAAGACCAAGAGAGUACAUCAAAAUGAUAAUGUUUCAAAUGGGUGUUGAUUGCUCUGACUUUAUGAGCAAUUAUUAAUUAUUAUGAAAAUACUCUGAUUAUACUAGGAAUGUAUUAUAAGUGUGUAACAUUGUAACAGAUGGGGUGUUGAACAGGCUCCUUAGGUGGAGUAGCAUUCUUCUCCUUACUGAUUCUGAGCACUGGUUAUUGUAAAUGCAACUGUAUUGCAGUAGCAAUCUUUAAAAAUCAUUUUUCUGCUUACAAACCUCUUUCUGUUAAUUUUUUUGUUUAACAUUCCUGGAAGAUGCCAAAUUGUGUUGUGUUGUAUUUUUAUUUAUUUUCUUUCAAUACUCUGUGAUUAUUUUAUACAUUUUUAUUUCCUUUGAAAAUUAGAUGAGGUUCCCAAUGGUAUUCAGUAUUUCCAUGGAUACUUUAACACAGUUGCAGUCAUUCAGCUAUGCCUUGUCUUCCAGACUACUUCUGGAGGGAGCCAGGCCACAGAGCAGAGUAAGAGCUGAAGUUGAAAAACUGUUUUUGUUUGCCUUGUUUGUGGAUGUAGUCUUCAAGUCUACUACUGCAAUUGUUGAUAAAGAGACACCUUGUGGAAAAUCACGUCUUUCUUUUCAUCUUCCACUGAAACUUAAUUUUGCUGUCUGUAGUAAUAGCUUAUAUACAAGUGUCUCCAGUCUGUCUGCCCAAGCAUCUCUUUUCUUAACAGCUCUGAAGUCAGCCACAGCCUCCUGAACCACCCAGAAGACACCUUCCUAUGCUGUGCAGGGAAGAGCAGAGGUCCCACUUGUUACUCACAUGUGCUUCACACUCUUUUUCUGUUUUCUCCUCGAGUCUAAGCUCUGAGCGGUUUCACGCUCUGAACUACAAUAUUUCUUUUAUGAGUUGGAGCGUCUAUCAACAGCUUUACUGCAACAUAGGUGAGACCUAAGGAAAAAAGAAGAGAAUGUUCUAUCAUCAGUAGAACAAGCUGGAGAAUGAGCCUCACCUCCACGUCUGCUCUGCUGUCUGCAGCGUUUGUGUGAGGCAGGUGAUAGUCUGGCCAUUUUCUUUCAGUCUUACUGUAGUCUUGGUAAAUAAAAGAAUAAUUCUAACACUAAGUAUGGAAGGGAUGAACAUCUCAAAGAGAUUAGGUUUUUUAUUGGGAAAGAGUAGUUAAAAGCAGUAGAUUUUUGGAAUAACACAGGCCCCUGUUUAUCUCCACAAAACAUCAGAAAUGCAUUUUUCCGUAUUUCUAAACGUUCCACUUCAUCGGCGACUCGGAUGUUAGUCUUAUAUAAAUAAAUUUAUAAUGUAAUAAUAGAGUGGAGAAGUGGAGAUUUUCCUUUCCUCACUUUUUCAAGGGUGUUUCCAGUUUCAAACCUCAUUAAAUACUUCUCUGCUCUUAGUUCAUAUGUUCAAAACAUAUGUUCAGAACUAUUAAGAUGUGUUUGCUUUAGUAAAAGCUAGCUAAAAUUUUUUACAUAAAGCCUGUAAGGUACUGUGAGGCUGUGACUUCACUGUUUAAUGCUCCAACAUCUGAGAGCAUUUUCUAGCAUUUUUAUAACUUCAUGUAGACUUACUCGGUGAUACCACCGACUUUUCUCACAAGCUCUUUAGGCAUAUAUGAGCCUUUAGUAUGUAAUAAAAUGAAGUUAAUUCCUUCACUGAUUUUUUUUUAAUCCAUUCUUCUUCUUUUCUUGUUCUCUCCUUCAUCCCUUUUUUUUUUUUUUCUAUAGAUGUUUUCAUACUCAACAUCUUAGAUUUUUUGUUUCCAGUUUUCUGUCUCAGUUGGUGGGGCAUUUCCAACAAGAUUACUGAAAGAAAGAAUAGUAGGAAAUCUUAAUCAAUUUAAUUAUACUAUUUUUGUGCUAAUGAACUAACUGGAAUGACAGGAGGAACUCAGCAGGAGGAGAACAAUAGCAAGUUUACGCAAUACCGGUGAGUAAUUUGAGACUAAAUUUGGGAAGGAUUUGGAAGUGAGGAGUUUGAGAAUUUAGUAUUGGAAGUUAUAAUAAAUGUACAAAGGUUAAAUACCCUCCAAUACUAUGCUACAAAAUAUAGUUAUUUUACUAUUUGUAGCUAUUGGAGGGCUUCCAGACUACAGUCAGUAGCAGCUUAGACCAUUAAUGGCUUAUGAAAAUGUAGACAGCUGAGUGGUUUUGCUAACACUUCAACUAUAAGUGCGGAAAAAUUUACAAAGGAGAAAGAGAGAUUUUCAUCAAGCUUAGUAAGAGAUCAGCUGCGAUUCAAAAUUUUGGAAGCUGACUUCUGGUAAGGCAUACUGGAAAGGAAAGAAGGGUGUUGUUUCUGUGAUCUUGAGAGGACUGGAAGAAGACACGAGAUCAGUUACGAUAACAGAAAUUUUGAGAACCAUUGGUGUAAAAAUGAUUAUUACAUUAAAAAACAAGUUCGGCAGAAUUUAGAGAAAAUUCCCAUAUGCAAAGGGAAUGUACUGAAACACUAGUAUAAAAAGUUGCAAAUGGCUUUUCAUAAUCCCCUUGAUUAUGAAAUCAAGGGGAAAGGUAGUCAAACUGAAAUGCUGAAAAUGAGAUAAAGAAUUAAAUACCAGCAAGAAGAGGUUUUAAGUAACUGUUAACUUCCUGAUGAAUGAAUGGAAAUUUAAAGAUGAGAGCCCAGGUACCUAUAGAUACUCUUCUGCAAGAAGCGUUCAAAAGUCUUAUAUACCUGAUGUGAGUGUAAAUGUUAACUGUUAAAAACGUUAUGUCAAAAGAGAAUAGCCAAGGUUUGGCAUUACACGGACUUGUUAAGGAUAGUAUGACAGAGCAACAGAUUGUCUUCUAUCAUUUUAGGUUAUUGCUGUUUCCUUUGUCAAAAGUGCAUUUGCUGGGAACCAGAGGCUACUAAGGCAUACAAUAAGUCAAGAAGGAAGUGGUAAUGAAGAAGGAAAUACUUCUAAGUUCCUUUGGGCUUGAGAACAAUUUGUAUAUAUGGAGAAGUAUAUGCAUGUGAGAAGUAGAUCUUUCAAGUAUUUUUCAAACAGGGCUUCCCCAAUUUUAAACUCACCAAAACAAUCACGGCAUUUGCCCUUGCAGUGUUGAAAAACUACUUUGCAGAGGGACACCCCUCUUCCAAGGGUGUAUUUCACUUCAUAGCUAUCUUUUUGUAAGGUUGCUGGUUUGUUUUAAAUAAAAACAGGUUAAAAUUUGCAGACGUGUGUUUUCAAGAACAUCUUAAAUUAGUAUGAACUACUGUUUGUUUUUGGUUGUAGGAUAUUAGAAAUUAUAUUGUAAAAGCAGCAUAAAUACUAUGGAAUCCACUAGGGACUUUGAUAUUACCAGUCUGUUUUAUGUAGAAUUUUAUGAAAUACUGAGUAUGUCUUUUAAAAUCUAAUAUAAGCAAGCUCCAGAAGUUGUGUUUUCAACUGUACUUGUAAAAUGCCAAUUUAUACAGGCAUUCAUUUGCAUACAGAAAGAUAAUGACUCAAAGCUAGAAAAUAGAUCUAAAACUUUCGUAAAAUAUAAAGUGUGAUGUUGAGAACUUUCAGAUUUUAUUCAGAAGAUGAUCCUAUAAUGAUUAUUAAGGAAAAUGGUAGUACUAAAAACAUGCAAUUCAGUAGAUUUAUUAAGAUGCUUUCAAGGUGGUGUUAAUUUGUAGUUUCCCAAAGCCAGAAAGCUUCCAUAGGGAAAAAUACAGUCAUUCCCAUCAACCUGCUCUAGUUCUUGUACUCUAAAGACAGUAAAUAGGGAUAGAUUAGGAUUUAUAUGUUUGGAUCAAAUUUAAUUAACCUAUUUAUCUUUAGAUUGUCACUAGUAGGUGUGAAUGUGUGUUCUGGGAAGAAUAUAGGGAUGCUGUCCAGAUGUUCAGGGAUGGAGUCAGGAAAGCCAACGUGCGGAUGGAAUUGAACUUGGUGAGAGAUGUGAAAAAAAACAAGGGAUUCUUUAGAUACAUAGGACAGAAGAGACAGGCAAAGGAUAGUGUACCCCCUCUGAUAAAUGAAAGGGAGAGCCGGCCUCCAUGGACGUGGAGAAUGCUGAGGUACUUAAUGAGUUCUUGGACUCAGUUUUCAUGGACAUUCCAGCUUCUCACACCUUUCAUGUCCCUGAGCAUCUAAGUGAGAGUCAGGGGAGCAAAAUCCCUCCCAGUUUAAGAGUGGAGCAAGUCCAAGACCACUUUAUGAGGCUGAAUGUGUACAAGUCUAUAGGGCCAGAUGACACGUGUCCCUGUGUUCUGAAGAAACUGGCUGAUGUGGUUGCCAAGCCACUCUCCAUCAUAUUUGAAAAAUCAUGGCAGUCAGACAAAGUCCCCUGUGGCUAGAAAAACAGAAACAUCACUCCCAUAUUAAAGAAAGGGAUAAAGUAAGAUCCAGGGAACUACAUGCUAGUGAGCCUCACGUCUGUGCCUUGGAAGAUCAUGGAGUAGAUCCUCCUGAAAGAGUUAUUAAAGCACAUGCAAGAUGUGGAGAUGAUCUGGGACAGCCAGAGCAGGUCAUGUCUGACCAAUCUGGUCACCUUCUAUGAUGGAGUGAUGGCAUCUGUGGAAAAAGGAAGGGCAACUGAUGUCAUCUCCUGGACUUGUGUCAAGCCUUUGACAUGGUCUUGCACCACAUCCUUAUCUCUGAAUUGGAGAUAUAUGGUUUUGAAAGCUGGACUGUUAGGUGGAUAAUGAGUUGGCUGGAUUUUUGUAGCCAGAGGGUUGUCAGUGGCUCUGCAUCCAAGUAGAGGCUGGUCAUGAGUGGUGUCCUCUAGGAGAUCAGUCUCAGGACUGGUGCUCUUCAGCAUCAUUAUCAAUAACAUAGGCAGUGGAAUUGAGUGUACCCCCAGCAAGUUUGCUGUUGACACUACGCUAAGUGGUGCAGUUGACCCAAUAGGAAGGAUGGGCACCAUCCAUGGGGAUCUGAACACACGUGAAAAGUGAGCACAAGAGAAUCUAAUGAGGUUUAACAAGGCAAUCCCAGAUAUGUAUACAGACUAUGAGAAGAACUCAU